AUGCCGCCGGAGGUGCUGCGCAAGGUCGUCAAGGACCACGGCGACACGAGCAACUGCAAGUACCGCCAGGACAAGCGCGUCCACCUCGGCACGCUCAAGUACGUGCCGCACGCCAUGAUGAAGGUGCUCGAGAACAUCCCGAUGCCAUGGGAGCAGGUGCGCGAGGUGCCCGCGCUCUACCACAUCACCGGCGCCAUCACGUUCGCCAACGAGGUGCCCAAGGUCAUCAAGCCCGUCUUCCAUGCCCAGUGGGCCACCCUGUGGCUGGCGAUGCGGCGCAAGAAGCGCGACCGGCGCCACUUCAAGCGGAUGCACUUCCCGCCGUUUGACGAUGAGGAGCCCGUCGUCGACUACGGCAACAACCUGCUCGACGUCAAGCCGCUUGAGGCCAUUCAGCUCGAGCUUGACGAGGAAGAGGACAGCGCCAUCAUCGACUGGUUCUACGGCCUCGAGCCGCUGCUUGACGAUAGGGAGGGCGUCAACGGGCCGCCGUACGGCUUCCCGAACCUCGGCCUGCCGCAGAUGGCGGCGCUCCACCGCCUCGGCCGUACGCUGCUGAGCGACUUUGCGUCGGGGGUUAGGGGCAUCGGCUUCUGGGCGCCGUCGAGGCGCGUAUGGACGUCCUUCUGCCGCAGCAUCACGCUGCUCCUCAAGCGCUGGCUGCGCAACCUGCUGGCAAGGCAGUCUGAGGGGCGCAAGGGCCGCGCCAAGGGCGUCUCGACCAUCACCAAGCAGCGCGUCGAGAGCUCGUUCGACCUCGAGCUGCGCGCCAGCGUGCUCCACGACAUCCUCGACAUGAUGCCCGAGGGCCUCAAGGCCAACAAGUUGCGCGUCAUCCUCCAGCACCUCUCGACAGCGUGGCGCUGCUACAAGUCCAACACGCCGUGGAAGGUGCCGGGCAUGCCGACGGCCGUCGAGAACCUCAUCCUGCGCUACGUCAAGCUCAAGGCCGACUGGUGGACGUCGGUGACGCACUACAACCGCGAGCGCAUCCGCCGCGGCGCCACCGUCCACAAGACGGUCAGCAAGAAGAACCUCGGCCGCCUCACCUGCCUCUACCUCAAGGCCGAGCAGGAGCGCCAAAACUCGUACCUCAAGGACGGGCCCUACAUCACGUCCGAGGCCGCCGUCGCCAUCUACACGUCGACCGUCCACUGGCUCGAGAGCCGCCGCUUCCAGCCAAUCCCGUUCCCCUCGCUCAACUUUAAGCACGACACCAAGAUCCUCGUCCUCGCCCUCGAGAAGCUCAAGGAGUCGUACAGCGUCAAGGGCCGCCUCAACCAGAGCCAGCGCGAGGAGCUCGCCCUCAUCAAGCAGGCGUUCGACAACCCGCACGAGACGCUGGCGCGCAUUAAGCGCCUGAUGCUCACCCAGCGCGCCGCCAAGGCCGUCGGCAUCGAAUUCUUCGACACCUUCAACAAGCUCAUCCCGUGCUACGACAUCGAGCCGAUGGAGAAGAUCACCGACGCCUACCUCGACCAGUACCUCUCCUACGAGGCCGACAAGCGCCAGCUCUUCCCCGCUUGGGUCAAGCCGAGCGACUUGGAACCGGCGCUGUUGCUCGUCUACAAGUGGUGCAACGGCAUCAACAACCUCGACGGCGCCUGGGACACGUCCGAGGGCCAGUGCAAUGUGCUCAUGGAGACGACCCUCAGCCGCGUCUACGAGAAGAUUGACCUGACGCUCCUCAAGCGGCUGCUGCGCCUCAUCAUGGACCACAACCUUGCCAACUACAUCACGUCCAAGAACAACGUCUCGAUCGUCUUCAAGGACAUGGAGCACAUCAACACGUACGGCCUGAUCCGCGGGCUCCAGUUGAGCGCCUUCGUGUUCCAGUACUACGGCCUCAUCCUCGACCUCCUCAUCCUCGGCCUGCAGCGCGCCAGCCAGAUGGCGGGCCCGCCGGCGGUGCCCAACGGCCUCUUCCAGUUCAAGGACGUCGCCACCGAGGCCGCCCACCCGAUCCGCCUCUACACGCGCUUCGUCGACCGCAUCCACAUCCUCCACCGCUUCGACGCCGACGAGGCGCGCGACCUCAUCCAGCGCUACCUCAGCGCCAACCCGGACCCCAACAACAGCAACCUCAUCGGCUACAACAACCGCAGGUGCUGGCCCCGCGACUGCCGCAUGCGCCUCGUCAAGCACGACGUCAACCUCGGCCGCGCCAUCUUUUGGACCGUCAAGAACAGCCUGCCGCGCAGCCUCACCACCAUCGAGUGGGACGACACGCUGUGCUUGGUCUACAGCAAGGACAACCCCAACCUCCUCUUUUCCAUGGCCGGCUUCGAGGUCUGCAUGCUGCCCAAGGCGCGCCAGGGCGACGUCGACACCACCCGCAACGCCAUCUGGCCCCUCGUCGCCGCCGCAUCGGGCGAGCGCACCGCCACGGCCUACCUCCGCCUUCAACGGUCGCAGCCGCGCGCUCAUCGUGUCAUUUGGAUCAAGCCGGGCGUCGACUCCACCAUGCCCCUGCACUGGACCAUCCUCGCCUCGCCCAAGGAGGGUGGCGGCCUCAGCAUGCUCUCGAUGGGCCACGUCCUCAUCCCCACGUCCGACCUCCGCCACUCGCGCAAGACGACCACCGGCGUCACCCACUUCCGCUCCAGCCUCGGACUCAGCCGCCGCCUAUCCGUCUAG